UCGGACUCAUAUCCCGCUGGACAUUUAAUGGGUCGUGACGUGGUAAUGGGUUGUUUUCCAGGUAGCAUUUGGAAAAAUUUCUCUGCCCUAAUCGAGUCUUACGUGCUCUAAAGUUGAUGACAAUUCUUUCAAACCCAGUGUUGUGCGAAGUUGGGAACUAUUGUGUUUCCUGGACCAGGACCAUCCUGUGUGGCUGCUCUGUGUGAUCAUUCGGGGCUCGCUGCUCAUAUCUGCCGUGUGAUUGACACCACCGCCACUUCUCAAUCAACAUGAAACUCUUCAGCCUCAGCAUCCUUCAUAAAGGGGCCACCAAAUCCCACCUACUCAAGGCGGCCUACGACCUCUCUUCUUUCAGCUUCUUUCAGCGCUCCAGUGUCCAGGAGUUCAUGACAUUCACCAGUGCCUUGAUUGUUGAACGGACAUCACAUGGAAGCCGAGCCUCUGUCAAAGAACAAGAGUAUCUUUGUCAUGUGUACGUGAGGAACGACGACCUGAGUGCGGUCGUCAUUGCUGACCAUGAAUACCCGCAGAGAGUCUGCUUCACACUGUUGGACAAGGUUUUAGAGGAGUUCUCAAGGCAAGUGGACAGUAUAGACUGGCCUUCUGGAAACCCUGAAACCAUCAACUACAGAUCCCUCGAUCUUCACCUAGCUAAAUACCAGAAUCCCAAGGAGGCGGAUGCAAUGACCAAAGUUCAGGCCGAACUGGACGAGACAAAGAUUAUUCUGCACAACACCAUGGAAAGCCUGCUGGAGAGGGGGGAGAAACUGGAUGAUCUAGUGGCAAAGUCUGAACACUUGGGGAACCAGUCCAAAGCCUUUUACAAGACUGCACGGAAGCAGAACUCAUGCUGUGAAAUCAUGUGAUGCCUCUGCCUUGUCCCCUCGGACAUGCCUCUCUGCCUUUCUGCUAUUCCUACGACUCCCAUCAUGCACCUGCCCCCAGCUCUCAGCACAUGGGCCAGAUGCUGCUCAGGGUAGACGGACUGGGAGACAUGGUGGAAGACCACGGGCAUCUAGGUCUGGCCUGACUGGUGGGAGCUAAAGGUGGCUGAAUGGGGUUUAGUCAGGGAAUUAUUUUUGAACCUUUCAAAGUUAAACGUCAUUGUGGUGUUUCAAUGCCAGCUGAGGAGUUAAUAGCGUGAACUUGUGUAUUGGUGGUGUAUUGUUCAAAUGUCUUUAAUAUUGCAUUUUCGGUAUACCGAUUUUAAAAUUUAAAGGUCCAGAAUGGCGUUUAAGUUGUACUCCUAGGAAACCAGGAAAGAAAAUUAACACUAGGUGUCUGUUUUUUUGUUUCAAGUAAAAUCCUGACAAUCUGCCAUUCUUGUUAUAAUCUAAAGGAAAUGAUAAAGAAAACGAUUUCAAGGUUAAAUCGCUCCCAAAUCCAGAGACUGACAUAGGCAUAGUUGACUAGUGGACACUGUUGAUUUUCUCUCAUUUGUUUCUGUUUGUUGAGGUCAGCCGAGGUUCUGUCAUGUUGGCCCAACCAGCAAUGGGCCUUCUCGGAUGCGACUGGACCUUUUUUGAUAACGAUUAUUAAAGUUUUCUUUGUUUUUGUUUUAAACCUCAUGAUGAUGAGCAAACACUUUCAAACAUUCCCAUUUAGAAUUGAUGGACUUGUCAUGACACAAAUGUUUCUAUGCUAAUGGUUGGUGACAGUUUCAAUGAGCUUGUGAGUAAAGUUGAUGUUUGGCUUCAACACAUUUAUCGGAUUAAUGUGCUCUUGCAUUGCGCCUUAUCGCUUCAUGAACCCAAUGUCCUUUAUGCUCCUUUCCUCACUCACAGUAGACUGGUUGUUGGAUGCAAAACAGAGCCUAGAUGUAAUGAGAUACAUGAUAGGCGUCUUGGAUUUUAAGACCAGACCAGAUGCAUAUAACCAUGAUAUUCAUGGAAACGGAUGUGUAACUGAGUUCAUUCCCACACCUGUUGGCAAAACCCUGUCCUCGACAUGUUCUCGGACUGACUACAUAAUCCAUGCCUGGUGUGUGUCUCCUGAAUUUGCUACAGAUAAUUGAAGAAACAUCAGUAGACAAAGUUCAUCCCAUUUUGGUAACUAGACAUAAUCUCAAUUUGUCAGAUUCAUCCAAUGUACUUUUUGCUUUGGAUUGACCUCUGGGAGAUGGAACCGAAUCUAUUUAAGUUAAGACAGUGUUCUCAGUCAAUAACCGAUUAUCCAUUUAAGAUGAAGAAUUGCCUUUGGUAUUGUGUCUGGGUGUCUUAAGAAGUCUAACUUUAAGUCUGCAGUUGGUGUGUGUGUGUGUUUGAGAGAGUUGUUGCUUCUACACCUUUUACAGUAUUCAUGUGGAAUACCUUUUUUUUU